AUACAAUGAACCAAAAAAGGAGAACUCACCUAACAAAAAAGAACCAAAUUGAUGAAAAUUUAAAAUUUUUAUUAUUAGUUUCUUCAACAUUCUCUCUCUAUAUUUCUCUCGCAAACAGGUUCAUCGUUUUGGAAUUCCGUGAAUCUUCUUCCCCGAAAACAGACUGUAGCAAACUUUAUUCCUCAUAUUUUUCGAAUCAUUUCCAGAUUAUUGACGAACCUGGUUCGAAUCAUUGACUGCGUCCACCUCCGAGAUCUAUUUGACGAAAACGCUAGAGGAAAAAAUAAUUCAAAAAUCAUGGCGGAAGAACAUCGAUGCCAAACACCAGAAGGCCACCGUCUCUGCGUCAACAACUGCGGCUUCUUCGGCAGCUCCACCACCAUGAAUCUCUGCUCCAAAUGCUACCGAGAUCUAUGUCUCAAAGAGCAACAAGAAGCCUCAAUGAAAUCCACCGUCGAGUCCUCCCUCUCCCCUCCCUCUCCCUCCUCUUUACCUCCUCCGUCAGCGAUCGAAUCGAUCUCUUCCCCGGCGAUCGAAUCGAUCUCUUCCCCGGCGAUCGAAUCGAUCCCGGAGAAAUCCGCUUCCUCCGCCGUGGCGAGGGAGGUGGAUCUGACGCUGGAGACGGCGGAGGUUGUGAAGGCGGUGAAUACUCCGGCGACGGAGCAACCACCGUCUCCGUCGCCGUUGCAGCCAACCCGGUGCUCGGUCUGCAGGAAACGGGUCGGGUUAACAGGGUUCAAGUGCCGGUGCGGGACGACGUUCUGUGGGACCCACAGGUACCCGGAGCGCCAUAACUGCACCUUCGAUUUCAAAUCCGUCGGUCGUGAAGAGAUCGCGAAGGCGAACCCUCUUGUCAAAGCGGCGAAGCUCGACAAGAUCUGAUCCGAUCGAUCUCAACCGUUUGCGAUUGACUUUUUUUUCUUUGAAUCCGCGUUUGCGAUUGGGACUUUUCAUCUUGGUGGAUCUCAGCCGUUCAUCAUGGUUGUUUAUAUAUGUAAAACAUAUAUAUACUGUCCAAUGUGUUUAUCUGGGACACGUGUCAGUAGCUCCGGCUGAAACUUGAAAGACGAUCUCCUCAUAUUUCCCAUGAUAUUUUUCCUUUUUUCCGAAGAAUAUAAGUUAUGAUUUUGUACCCUUUCCGUAUAAAAGGUUAAAAAAGGAAAAAAGAAAAUAUAAAUUUUAUGGUCUGUUUAUUAAUA